AUGCCUUCAUCCGGAGGCGGGAAUUCCGGCGCGCCAGGCGGUGGUGGUGCUUCCAGCGCGCCGCCUCCGGCUGAUCGCGCGAUUCUCGCGCAACAGGCGACGACCGUCGUUGAUUCUCGCGCGACUAUCGCACACACGGAGACGGUCGUCGGCGCGUUGGCUGUGGGUAACGUCGCGGUAACCGACGCGUCAGACGGUGGUGCUGCUCCUAGCACGAUUCUCGCGCUGCAUGAGGCAAUCGUCGGCGGUUCUCGCGCGACUAUCACACACAGGGAGGCGGUCGUUGGCGCGUUGGCCGUGGGUAACGCCGCGGUGACCGUUUGGAGCGCGGCGGUCGCGUGGUGGCAACUGAUCGACCUGUCUCGCGCGCUCUCCGCGCUCAGAUCCGCGCGCGAAACGACCGUCGCGGAACUGAGUCGCGCGAAGCCGCCAGCUGACGCCGCCAGAGGCACCAGCAGCAGCGGCGGCGGCGGCAGUGGUUCCAGCAGCAGAGGUGGCAGCAGCAGUGCCGGAUUGGGUUGGCUGCUGCAUGCGGGGAGCAGCAGCAGCAGCGAAGGCAGCAGUAGCAGCAGCAGCAGCAGCAGCAGCAGCAGCGGCAGCAGCGGCGGCAGCAGCAACGGCAGCAGCAGCAGCAACAGUGCCGGAUUGAAGUGGCUGCUUCACGCAAGUAGCAGCAGUGGUGAAGCAUUCCAUGAGAACCUCUCAAGUUCAAUCGUCGAGGCGCCGCACGAGUUGGUGGUGGUGAGAGGGCUCGUGCAGGCAUCCAGGUCCGAGCACCAUGGCUGGAGGAAACUUGGCUUCCAUGUUCCAAUCCUGCAACGAUUCGGCCUUGGGUGGAGGCUCCCGUUGCUGCCCGACCACGGAGUGAAGCAGCCUUGUGCGAUCGUGGAGAAGACCGAGACGAUUCUGGAUACAAAACUCCUCUACGGCUGGCUCACCGGACCGGAUCAAUACGGCAUCAUGUUUAAAAAAUCCAUCCCUUUCUCUCUAGCAGAUACCUCACACCCAUCAGCGCCACGUGGCCUGCCGCGGGGCCUGCGUACUGACGAGAGGGUGCUGCCGAUCAAUCACGAGGUGACAGCUGUCGGCCACGUGAGAUUCGGAUCCGACGGUCGACCCACCAUCUUGGCUUCCCCCAGACUCCCCUAUUUCCUGUUCUCUGACACCAAGGCGGGAAUGCUGCAGAGGCUGAAUCGCGAGUGGGGUGUGCUGCUCGGCUGGUGCCUGCUGCUAUCUGCUGCUGCUGUGGGCCUCGUUGGCUUUUCUCUGUGGUGGUGCGUGUAUGUUGGUGGGGAGAUGGGUGAUGGGGGGAUGGGUGGAUGGGGAAAUAGGGGGAUGGGCGGCUAA